CGCCCGCUCAUUCCGGCGGCGGCGAUGAAGGUGGCUGUGGCCGGGUGCUGCCACGGCGCCCUGGACAAGAUGUACGAGACGCUGGAGCUGCUGCAGCGGCGCCACAACGUGCGGCCCGACCUGCUGCUCUGCUGCGGGGACUUCCAGGCCGUGCGCAACGAGGCGGACCUGCGGUGCAUGGCCGUGCCGGCCAAGUACCGGGACAUGCAGACCUUCUACCGGUACUACUCGGGCGAGAAGAAAGCCCCGGUGCUCACCGUGUUCAUCGGCGGCAACCACGAGGCUUCCAACCACCUGCAGGAGCUGCCCUACGGCGGGUGGGUCGCGCCCAACAUCUACUACCUGGGUUACGCGGGCGUGGUGCGGUUCCGCGGCGUGAGGAUCGGCGGCAUCUCGGGCAUCUUCAAGUCUCACGACUACCGGAAAGGCCACUUUGAGUGCCCACCGUACAACCAGCAGACCAUCAGAAGCGCUUACCAUGUGAGGAAUAUCGAAGUCUUCAAACUCAAACAGCUGAAGCGUCCAAUCGAUAUAUUCAUGUCACAUGACUGGCCAAGGAGCAUCUAUCACUAUGGAAACAAGAAACAGCUCCUCAAAAUGAAAUCCUUCUUCCGUCAAGAAGUGGAGAGCAACACGUUGGGAAGCCCUGCUGCUUCAGAGCUUCUGCAGCACCUGAAACCCACCUACUGGUUCUCAGCACAUCUCCACGUUAAAUUUGCAGCUUUCAUGCAACACGAGACAAAUUCCAAAGAAGAGUUACCAAAAGCAACCAAGUUUCUGGCUCUGGAUAAAUGCCUGCCACACAGAGACUUCCUGCAGAUAAUAGAUGUGGAGCAUGAUCCCAAUGCAGGCGACUCGCUGGAGUAUGAUGCUGAGUGGAUUGCAGUUCUCAAGGCCACCAACAGUCUUAUUAAUGUGACCCAGAGCUCCUGGAAUAUGCCUGAAAAGAAUGGCCUCCAUGCUAAGUGGGAUUACAGUGUGACAGAAGAAGCCAUUAAAGAGGUGUUAGAAGAGCUGAACCAUGACCUCAAAAUUCCUUGCAACUUCACGUUGACAGCUGCUUGUUAUGAUCCCAGCAAGCCUCAAAAAAACAUGGAGCCAGUUCAUACCAUCAAUCCCCAGACCACUGAGUUCUGUGCCCAGUUUGGCCUCACUGACAUCAAUGACAGGAUCCAGCAGGCUAAAGAAGAGGGCUCAGGACGAGGUGAAUGCGAAGAGGAGGAGGAAGAGGACAUGGACAGUACUGGAUCAGCAGAGGAACCCAGUGAAUACAAUACAGACAAUUCUGGGCUCUCAUCCUUUAACCCAGAUGAAAUAAUGCUGGAUGAAGAAGGUGGCGAUGAAGACUUGAGUACGUGUUCUGUAGAUCCCUCCCCUGAUCACCCUCCAGAGUUCUCUACCAGCUUCUCCGACAUCCGGAUCAUGCCAGACUCCAUGGCGGUGUCAUCUGACGAUGCCACGGACUCCAACAACGAGGAGCUGGAGAAGUCUGCUGGGAGCAAGCAGGUGGAGGAAAAGAGCCCCACUGAGAGGUCGUUAAAGCGCAUUGGUGCUGAUGAAAAUGGGAACAGUGGCGUUAAAAAAAUCAAGAGAAGGAACCAAGCUAUCUAUGCUGCAGAGGAUGAAGAUAAAACAGAUUAAUAUUUCACAGGAUGUGUAACUACGUUCUCUCCCUGCCUUUCUGUGGGAAGGUGGUGAGAAUUGUAGUGGACUACACGUGCUUUUAAUGUCUCGUGAUCUUAGUCACGUUACUUUCCUAAGCUCAGAGGCUGGAUAUACUUCUCAAAGGGAAGGUGAUUUACCCAGAAUGGACAUCAAAGAAAGAAGCUGAGACUUGUUCCAACAAAGUACUUUGCCAAAGGAUGUAAAGCUCAUAUAUCCUUGAUUUUGCUUCAGUUCUUGGUGUAUGGUGUAUACUCCAUAUCUUCAGCUGAACAAGACUCACCAUGCUUGUUUAACAAGAACUCUUAAACUGUAGCCUGAGUACAAGCGAGAGGAUGACUGACACACAAGACUGAAUGAUUUUAUUUUAUUGCUUUUGUCUUGUUUUAUACUGAACUGUUAAUACCAAGUAGCAUACGCAAUAGGCCUAUGAAUGAAAUUUGAAAAUAGAAUUCCCAUGAUAACAAAACAGUAAUAGAAGAAUGAAGAUUUUUGUUCCUGGUGAUAGUCAUGCCACAGACAAACUUUGUGGUCAUAAACAAAACAAUAUGUAUUGUCCAGGAUUAGCUUUUAAUUUCAGUUCUGCUAGCAAACCAAGUCUCUUGAUUUGGAGGAUGACAGUUUUAUGGGGACCAUGGAAGAGUGCAUCUCUGCUCUUACAAACUCGUUUUUGUUCUGUUUCUUAAAAUUUGAGAACAAUGUCUUAAAAUGGAAAUAGGAAGGACAAUUUCCUAAAUGUAGAAACCACCGUCUCAACUCUGACUAAUGAGGGCUGUGUUUUGUGUUCAUACAAGGCAGAAGGUGUGUAAGUUGCCUGAGGCAGUAACACCUCCCAUUAUCAUUAGCGUCACUUUUCACUUCUCAUUUCAGUAGCUGUAACUUGCUGAACUCUUAAAACUGGAUUUGGAAUCUUCCAAAGCACCUUUGUAAUCAUCAGCUGAGGGAGAACAGGAGCUGCCAGAAUAGAGACCCUCUUGGAAGUUGUCUUUUUUUUUUCCCUGAAUUAUUAGUAAAUGGCACUUCUUUGGCCUAAGAGGCCAUGGAGAUAAAAUUGAGUGAAUUCAUGACAAUGACAAUAUUUUCAAACAUAUUAGCAUUAGCCUUCCUGACAGAUGGAAUUCUUAGAUGGAAUUCCUCACGGCCAUGCUGCCCCAAGAGCAGAAGUAGCUCCUGUGCUUUUCCUCCUCCAAGGCACAGGCAGUGUGAAGGAGAAAGCAUCCUGACAGGAAAAGGGAACUGGACAGGGAGCAGUGAGUGAAAUGCAUCCCUGAGUGUGAGUUGUGUAUCAGGGUGGGGAAUUCUGUCUUUAAAUCACUUCCAUCGUCUGGGGUUCACCUUGCUUCCUCUCCUGUCAAGCAGUUCACUGCAAAAUCUAAACAUUAAGUAUUCAAGGGCUAGAAAAGGGCAUAAUUAAUGCUCUCAACAGUUCAAUUAACACCUCAUCAGUCAGAAGGGCCAUGAAAGAGCUGGGCUGAGGUAUGAGGAGACACUGGGAGUAACCCGGGUGUGACACUCAGGGUAUGUAAAAUGGCUGUGAACUGUCAGGUAAGUCACUCAAGCAGAUGAAUCUCUUUAGGAGUCCUGGGUCUGCAGUGGUAAAACCUUAGUCAUGCCUCAUGAUUUGAACACUAUAAUGGAAAUAAAGUAUUUUAAAUAUAAAUUCUGUUAUGGACUUGAAAAGCCUCCCAAGGAACCUGAGCAUGGCAUUGAACUCUCAGGGUCUAUGCACUGGAAUAGAAGAUGUAUCUUGCGUGUAAUAGAGUUUUCAGUCUGAUUCCUUAUGUUUUUAAAACAAACUCUUCUAUCCUGUGUUGUCCCAUGCCUCCCCCCUUCUGAUAAAUGUGUUUCUAGAAGUCAGGAGACUUCGACAAGAUACAAUACUGUUUUUUGAACCUUUAAAGAUUUUUUAUAAAGUAUUUUGGCAUCCCUUGAGCAAAGUGCAGCUAGUAAAUACAGUGAACAUAAAUGUUUUCUGAGCGUGAAUCAUGUCUGACCUCUAGAGUUGCAGUGCCUUUGCUUGCAGUUGUUCACACCCUCUUUGCAGUUUGCAGUGUCCUCUCCUAACUUGCUUUCAUCUAUUAUGGAUUUUCCCUGUCGGCAAGAUUCUCUGCUGCAAGGAGGAUUUAGUAGAAGCACUGAACUUUUCCAGUAAAGGCCAGACACUUCAAAAAGUAUGGAAAACUCUAGGGAAUGCUGACAAAUUUAAAUUGGCUUUUAAGACCAAGAGUCUCCAGUCCUCUUUAAAAAAAUUCAGACUCUCUGAAAACUUCUGAAAUUUUGAUGAGAAACCUCUGGAAAACGUUUCUGUGUACAACCCUUGUAUUGAAGUUUUUUCAGUGUGUACUCAGUCUAAAAUUGUUUUUGCUGUUAGUAGUGCUUGAGAAAAAUGUUCACCUGUUCCAUGCCAGGCCAGCACACAGGUAUUUUCACAGCAUGUCAUCAGUCUUCUCAGAGAAAAACAGCAAAGAGGUAUAGCCUUGUUUCAUAAUGAAAUAUUUAAAAAUUAAAGCUAUUAAAGUCACCUUGUGACUGCAUCCUAAGUCAUGUUUAUUGUGCUCCUGUUAUCCUGUGCAGUCUCUAGCAGCUGCAAACCUCCGCCUUCCUGGGAAGGGCAUAGGUUGAGCGGUAUGAACUCGAGCUGCGAUGUUUCUGUUAUUUUGUGGUUUUAUCAUUCUCCUCCCAUUUAGUUCUGACUUUAGGGUGGGUAGUCAGUGUCCCCAUGCCUCAGGCUGUGUAAUACAUUGGGGCUAAUCAAAAAAUAGCAGAUCUUAUAGAAUCAGUAGCACAUCUUAGUGAAGUCCUGAGUUGUUUGGGGUAUUUUCUGUGAAAAAUAAAUUCAAAACCAAACAAAUCAACGCUGGCAACAAAAGCAAUGACAAACCGAAGGAACCCAAACCAUUUCUGUGCGGCGAGGCUGAGGGGAAAGGGCGGGCUCGGGCUCGGACAAAGGCUCGGCAGGCUCCGGCUCGUGCUCGGCUCGGGCUCUGUUCGGCUUAGGUUCGGAUCUGCUCGGCUGGGUUCGUUUCCACUCGGUCUCCGGCUCAGCUGCGCUCGGACUCGUCUCCGCUCCGCUCGGCUCCACUCGGUUUCCGGCUGGACUCGGCCGGCGUUCGGCUCGGGCCGUCACUCGGCGGCCCGCGGAGGCCGCG